AUGGGAUUGCUUGACUUGAACGGUAGUGAUGCAGACAUUCGAAAAAAUAGCAGUAGCAUUAGGAGGAUUUACGUUGAGGGAUACGACACUUCGCUUCGGACCUGUGAUGUCGCUAUUGCUUUGAGAGAACACUUCGCUUCAUGUGGAGAGAUUUUACAUAUUGAUAUUCCCACACACAUUGGAAGCGGUCUUCUCAACAGAUUUGCCUUCAUUUAUGUUAGUGGAGAAGAUGCAGUAGAGAAGGCGUUGGGACUUAGUGGAAGUGACAUGAGAGGACGGAUUGUAGUCACUAAGGCUUACCCGUUACAUGAAACACACUUUGAUCUUGAUUUGGCUCCUACGAAAGCGCGAGAGAGCCGGCGACAAUACAUGAGCACCAGGAGGAUUUGCGUUGAAGGAUACGACACUUCGCUUCCUGCCGUUGAUGUCAAACUUGCUUUGAGAAGACAUUUCGCUUCCUGUGGAGGGAUUUUUCAUAUUUAUAUUCCCACAGACGUUGGAAGCGGUCUUCUCAACAGAUUUGGCUUCAUGUACGUUCGGGGAGAAGGUGCAGAAGAGAAGGUGUUGAGACUUAGUGGAAGUGACAUGGGAGGACGGAAUGUAGUCGCAAUGUCCUACCCGUUUCGUGAACCAGACCUUAAUCUUGUGUUGGCUCCGACGGAAGUCUAUAGCAGCAGUAGCAUUAGGAGGAUUUGCGUUGAAGGAUACGACACUUCGCUUGCUGCCGAUGAUGUCCAUUAUGCUUUGAGAAAACAUUUCGCUUCAUGUGGAGAGGUGGUACACGUGUAUAUUCCCACAGACGUUGGAACCGGUCUCUCCAACAGAUUUGGCUUCGUUUAUGUUAGAGGAGAAGAUGCAGAAGAGAAGGCGUUGGGACUUAGUGGAAGCGACAUGGGAGGACGGAUUGUAAUGGCUAAAGCUUACCCGUUUCAUGAAACAUACCUUGAUCGUGAGCUGGCUCCUAUAAGAGCGGCAGAGUGCCAGCUAGGGAGCUGGCGACAACGCGUGAUUGGAGUAACAGGAUAUGACACUCGGCUUUCUACGGAUUAUGCCAAGAGCAUGCUGAUUGAACAUUUCUCUUCAUGUGGACAUGUCGUGACUGUUAGUCUUGGUCAAGACACAAGUGCUGAUCCUCUUGACAGAAUAGCUCUCCUUUUCAUGGCGGGAGAAGACGCAACGGAGAAGGUGCUGCAACUAAGUGGACGUUAUUUGAGAGGACUGAAUAUGGUUGUUACUAUCGUUUGUCCGCCAGUAAAUUAUUCCUCGACGAUCAUGAGCGACUUUACCAUCCCACCACCACGGAAGAAUAGGGAGACGGAGACGGAGACGACUACAGAGUAG